AUGGUCAAGAACGGCUCUCACUUUGACUUUGUCGUCGUUGGAGGCGGCACAGCCGGCAAUGUCGUCGCCGGCCGCCUUGCCGAGAACCCCAACGUGAGCAUCCUCGUCGUCGAAGCCGGCAUCGGUAACCCGCAAGAUGUCCACGAAAUCACUACGCCCUCAGCUGCCAUGGGUCUUCGUGGUAGCAAGCACGACUGGGCUUACAAGACUACCAUGGUCAAACGCGACGACUAUGAGCGUAUCGAGAAGCCCAAUACUCGCGGCAAGGCUCUUGGUGGAAGUUCAUCUCUGAACUACUUCACCUGGGUUCCUGGUUGUAAACCCACCUUUGACCGGUGGGAGGAGUACGGCGGCAAGGAAUGGACUUGGGAUCCUCUCGUUCCAUAUCUUCGCAAGAGUGCCACCUACCACGAUGAUCUUGGCCUCUAUUCCAAGGAUCUCCAGAAGCUUGGCAAGGGCGGACCCCUUCCCAUCUCUCAUGCGGAGCUUCUGGACGAUCUCCAGCCCUUCCGUGAGCUCCUCACUGAGGCCUGGAAGGACCGUGGUGGUACUUUGACUGAGAACAUCUACGAUGGUGAGAUGAUUGGCCUCACUCACUGCGUGGACACUAUUUAUAAGGGUCAGCGCUCUGGAAGUUUCUUGUUCGUCAAGAACAAGCCCAAUAUUACUAUCCUCCCCGAGGUCCACUCCAAGAAGCUCAUCAUUGACCAAGCGAGUCGCGAGUGCAAGGGCGUCACUGUCAUUGACUCGUCUGGUGCCGAGCUGAGCUUCUACGCCACCCGCGAAGUCAUCCUCUCCCAGGGUGUCUUUGAGAGCCCCAAGCUUCUUAUGCUCAGCGGCAUCGGUCCCAAGAAUGAGCUUUCCAAGCAUGGAAUCACCACACUCGUCGAUUCUCGACACGUCGGUCAGAACUUGCUUGACCACCCCGGCGUUCCUUUCGUGCUCAAGGUCAAGGAUGGCUAUGGUAUGGACGACCACCUGCUUCGCGCGGGACCCAAGCAUGACGGCGCCUUGUCCGCCUUCAGCAAAGGCCACGCCGGACCCAUGGGAUCGGGUCUUCUCGAGAUGGUGGGCUUCCCCAGAAUCGACAGCUAUCUCGAGAAGGAUGCGCAAUACAGGGAGCGCAAAGCCAACAACGGCGGAAAGGACCCCUUCUGCCCCGAAGGCCAGCCCCAUUUUGAGCUCGACUUUGUCGCCAUGUUCGGCAGCGCCUUUCAGUGGCACUACCCAACCCCCAAGAGUGGCUGCUAUCUGAGCGUCGUCGUCGAUCUCGUCCGUCCAGUCUCGGACCCCGGCGAGGUGACGCUUAACUCUGCUGAUCCCCUCGUUCAACCCAACAUCAACCUCAACUUCUUCGCCGACGACCUCGACAUCAUUGGCAUGAGGGAGGGUAUCCGGUUCAGCUACGAUGUUUUGACAAAGGGCAAAGGUUUCAAGGACAUCGUUUUGGCCGAGUACCCUUGGGAGAUGCCUCUUGACAACGACGAGGAGAUGCACCGUGCUGUCCUGGACCGUUGCCAGACUGCCUUCCAUCCUUGCGGAACUGCGCGUCUCUCCAAGAACAUUGAUCAGGGCGUCGUGGACCCGAAGCUUAAGGUGCAUGGCAUCUCAAAGCUUCGUGUUAUUGACGCGUCUGUCAUGCCUGUUAUUCCGGAUUGCCGAAUUCAGAACUCGGUGUACAUGGUAGGUGAAAAGGGUGCGGACCUGAUCAAGGCAGAGCACAAGGAUCUGUACUAG